CUGUACAGAAUGAAACGUUACCUUUCAAUGGAAAGAGUAACAAACCAUUUGGAGCCUAACAGUGUGCACCUAAAAAUCCAGACAUGUUUGGUAUCUUUGGUAUCUCCACUAGAUUUUAAAAUGAAGGUCAGUAAGUUUGAACAAUGUUUGAACAAACAACAUUAGUUAGUAAAGACUGAACCAGUGGUGGAUCCAGGAGAGUUACAAUGGUUGAACAUCACAGAAAUCAGAGCCCUUUUCUAACCACAGUUUUAGGACAGUGCAGCUGGACAAUGAUGCUAAACAUACAGACAAAGCAACCAGGGAGGUAUUGUGGGAACUGUAAACCUGCUGCUGUGUUCCCGGAGGAACUGGAGAUUGCCUCUUGGCUUGGGAGAGCUCUGGGUACCCAAGGAAAGCCUCGAAAAGAUGCCUGUCAUCACCGUUCCAGCAGAAACCAGACAGUGUGCUGUCGGCAGGAAGCAAAGGGGGGAGGUGACGGGGAGCAGCAGAGAAAGGGAACGCCAGAGAGAGAGAGAGCUCCUUCACUUCAACCACAGCUGACACAAACAAAUAAACCUACAAAGUGCACCGCAGGAUACGACUUCAUUACAGGCUGGACAAAGAGCUCUCUCCCUUUCUGCCAACAUCAUAAUGGCCUCCGCUACUUAUAGAAAAAACACAGGCAUCCUGUGCUUCCUCCUGUUAGGACUACUUCUGCCAUCAGUAUUAGUGUCAGGCCAAGUAUCCACCACCACCAUGUCUCCCUCUACUACGACCACUGGAGGUACAGCAUCCACCACCACCACCACCAUGUCUCCCUCUACUACGACCACUGGAGGUACAGCAUCCACCACCACCACCACCAUGUCUCCCUCUACUACGACCACUGGAGGUACAGCAUCCACCACCACCACCACCAUGUCUCCCUCUACUACGACCACUGGAGGUACAGCAUCCACCACCACCACCACCAUGUCUCCCUCUACUACGACCACUGGAGGUACAGCAUCCACCACCACCACCACCAUGUCUCCCUCUACUACGACCACUGGAGGUACAGCAUCCACCACCACCACCACCAUGUCUCCCUCUACUACGACCACUGGAGGUACAGCAUCCACCACCACCACCACCAUGUCUCCCUCUGCUACGACCACUGGAGGUACAGCAUCCACCACCACCACCACCAUGUCUCCCUCUGCUACGACCACUGGAGGUACAGCAUCCACCACCACCACCACCAUGUCUCCCUCUGCUACGACCACUGGAGGUACAGCAUCCACCACCACCACCAUGUCUCCCUCUACUACGACCACUGGAGGUACAGCAUCCACCACCACCACCACCAUGUCUCCCUCUACUACGACCACUGGAGGUACAGCGUCCACCACCACCACCAUCAUGUCUCCCUCUACUACGACCACUGGAGGUACAGCAUCCACCACCACCACCACCAUGUCUCCCUCUACUACGACCACUGGAGGUACAGCAUCCACCACCACCACCACCAUGUCUCCCUCUACUACGACCACUGGAGGUACAGCAUCCACCACCACCACCACCACCAUGUCUCCCUCUACUACGACCACUGGAGGUACAGCACCCACCACCACCACCACCAUGUCUCCCUCUACUACGACCACUGGAGGUACAGCAUCCACCACCACCACCACCAUGUCUCCCUCUACUACGACCACUGGAGGUACAGCAUCCACCACCACCACCGCCAUGUCUCCCUCUACUACGACCACUGGAGGUACAGCACCCACCACCACCACCACCCAGUCUCCCUCUUCUACGACCACUGGAGGUACAGCAUCCACCACCACCACCACCAUGUCUCCCUCUACUACGACCACUGGAGGUACAGCAUCCACCACCACCACCAUGUCUCCCUCUACUACGACCACUGGAGGUACAGCAUCCACCACCACCGCCAUGUCUCCCUCUACUACGACCACUGGAGGUACAGCAUCCACCACCACCGCCAUGUCUCCCUCUACUACGACCACUGGAGGUACAGCAUCCACCACCACCACCAUGUCUCCCUCUACUACGACCACUGGAGCCAUGACCCAGACCAGCCCCACCAUGACCACAAAUGGGACCAGUUGGACAUCAAACUCCACUGAUGUCAUGAAUGGAACCACUAUGUAUCCUACUCCAAUGAGCAUGAUGUACUGCCCCUCUUUCACCUGUAACUACUCCGACUGCUAUGCAAUGUACACCAGGCAGAAUGAAACUGCAUGUGCUGCUGGUGUCUGCUGGUGUCAGGUGUGUAGACAGACAGACAUGUACUACACUGUUGGCUGCGUCGCCUCCUGUUUUGAUGGUUGCGUCAACAACUCUCAGACCAACUGCUCUGUGAAAUGCUGCAAUUCCACUGGCUGCCUCAAUAGCACUCUUGAAUCCAUGAUGAUGACGACAACCACAGUAAUCCCAACCACGACGACAACAACACCCACCCCAGCCACUACAAUGACCAGUCCGCAGACAACAGUAGACAAUGGAAACAAAUGCCAUCAAGGUACAUGUACCGGUACAGACUGCUACACAACUUUUGCAGUAGCCCAGACAUGCUCCUCCUCAGAGCCACACUGUCAGCUGAAAAAAGAGACCAUAGAUACCGGUUUGCAGUGGACAGCAGGUUGCACUACCAACUGUUCUGAAGAAACCGCGUGCAAGGCCACAACUAAACCUCCAUGUCAUCUAGAGUGCUGCAACGCCACUAUGACCUCCUGCCUUUGGUUGAAUGGUACAAUGAAUGUCCCCAAUUUUGCCACAAGAGGUCCUCAUCUUCACACAGAAUUGAUGGCGUCCUUACUUUGCCUGCUCGCCAUCACUUUGCUGCUGUGAGCAGACUGAAUAGGAGCUGGCUCAGCUGCUGUGUGGGCCAUUAGGUAAUCAGAGCUUUGUGUAACUCUCAGUUCCUACAGAAAAUAAAGCUUAGCAGUGCAGAGGUUAUUACACCCAUUUAUCUCACUGAUAUUCAUAUGUGAUUGUAAUGUAUAUAUGUAUGGAAUAAUGUGAAGCCUCAGUUACAAUGUUGACUUUGUUUCUUGUUUUAUUCAAAUUUCCCAAUCACGUUUUUAUAUCUGGUUCAAGACCAACGGAAAAUAGCUUUGAACAGUAUUUCUGAAUGGAAAAACUAUAUCAACUUCAGGAAUCAAGAAAAACAUGCCAGACGCAACUCAGUCUUCACUUCACAUUUAAGGUGCAAACCUUCCAGAAAUCAUUUCAAAUAGCUAAACACCUUGUGAUUUGUUUGAGCCAUGACCUUGCCAAUAACUGUAAUUGAAUUAAGAUGCUGUCUUCUUAAAGGAACAGUGUGUAACAUUUCGGGGCAUCUAUUAGCAGAAAUGGAAUAUAAUAUUCAUAACUAUGUUUUCAUUAGUGUAUAAUCACCUGAAAUUAAGAAUCGUUAUGUUUUCGUUAAC